CAUCGACCUUUGGCCGGGCCAAGGGCUGCCCCGCGCGCCGCAGGGCUGCCCACGCCCCACAGGAGUCCUCGCGCCGAGCCAUCGCGGCGCACGGCUGCCCAGAUGGGCUUCCUCGACGACGUCUUCGAUGAAUGCCGGGAAGAGCUCCAGAUCACGCCGCGCGUGAGGACGCCGAAGCCCCGCAAAAAACGCACCAAGCCAAAGGCAGCCGCGCCGCGCCGCGACGCGCGCGUCCACGUCGCGCCCGCGGCGGAGACGCCGCCGCCGCGCGUCCACGCCGCGCCCGCGGAGGCAGCGCCGCCGCCCUCAGUAAUGGAACAGCCGCGGCAGGCGCCGCCGCCCUCCGUACUUGAGCUGCCGCGGUCGCCGUCGCCGCUGCGCCGUAGAAACAAAAUCCCGACGUCGCCGAGCAAAAUACCAAGAGACGGCACGUCCGCCGACACGGAGCUCGUCAAGCACGCGAAUAGAUUAGCGUCCGUCGCGGCGUCGCUCGAUUCGCUAGAUCUCGAGGCGUUGGCAAGAGCGCACCAGGGCCAGGGCGCCUCGGGCAUCACGGCCGCGGCCGCCGCCGCCGCGGCUCUGAAUAGCGCGAUCGCGUGCGCCGUGUCCGGCGAGGGCCCGGAGGAGGUGAGAAGGAAACUCGAGCGGCGAGCCAAAGCCGAACAACGCUCCUCAAACAUCAAGAGCAAGAGACAAGCGGAUGCGCGGGACGCGCAGAGGAGGAGAGACGCUUUAACGGAGAACUUUGAGGCGCGGGCGGCGAAGGCCUCCGAGCGGAAGAUGAAUGAUAGGGCCAGCAUCACGCAAAAUACGAGAGCAAGACGCGAAUCAACGCAACAGGCGGCCGCUAAUAGACGAGACCUGGCCGCCGCCAGAAAACGUCUAGGCUACAAGGACGGCGUGAUACCCCAAGCGCCGCAGCUCCACAACCCCUACGCGUCGUAUCUGCCGCCCGGCGCGACUUUUGAUGAUGACCCUCUCUUAAAACGCGCGAGGGCGCUGCGGGACACGGCCGCGCAGAUCACGGCGGACCUAGGGGGCGCGCCCGCGGCGCCGGUGGUCGUGGCGGCGCCGCCGCCUUCAUACGAGAUACCGACCGAGGAGGCGGAGCUUGUCGCGCGCGCGAAGGAAUUGUUGAAGGACUACGACCCCCAACCCUCGAAGGCGAGGCCCUCGAACUUCGAGUACGGGCAGCUGGUCAACGCGCGGCGGCGGCGGGCCGACGCGAUCCGGGGCGCUAGAGCCAUAGGAAGGUAG